AUGAGCGACACAUAUUGGCACGACCGCAUUGAAGCUUCGGACGGAGGAGCGGCGCGAACUGAUGCGGAUGCUUUGCUAGUCCGACUGAACCAGGGUCGGAGGUUUGCCAGGAGUCGUCCACCUAAACCGCUGUGGAUGUCUUGCCGUAUGUCCCACUCAAAUGCUUUGCUAGAAGUCGCACGACUGAAUGAGGAACGGAGGUUUGCUAGGAAUCGUCUGACUAAACCGGUGCAGAGCGUUUGUCAGGAAUGCCCGAUACACGUUGGCAUGACCGCCAUCGAAGCCUCGAAAAGCGCCGCCCGGCUGGAGGUGACCGGUGCGGAGGCUUUGUUAGGAGUCGUCCCCAUGAAGCUGAAGCGGAGGAAUCGUCCGACACACGUUGGCACGGCCUGCAUCGGAGCUUUGAAGGAAGGACGGCGCGCUGGAAGUGAACCGGUGUGA